AUGGCGGGGGGCCGGAGGGGACUUGUGGCCCCUCAGAAUACUUUUUUGGAGAAUAUUGUCAGACGGUCGAACGUUUGGACACUGUCACAUAGACAGACAGACACCAACUUCGUCCUGGGAAACGCUCAGAUAGUGGACUGGCCAAUCGUCUACAGCAAUGACGGUUUCUGCAAGUUGUCCGGGUACCACAGGGCUGAGGUGAUGCAGAAAAGCAGCACCUGCAGCUUCAUGUAUGGGGAACUCACAGACAAGGACACAACGGAAAAAGUACGGCUAACGUUCGAGAAUUAUGAGAUGAACUCGUUUGAAAUCCUUAUGUACAAGAAAAACAGAACGCCGGUGUGGUUUUUUGUGAAGAUUGCUCCGAUAAGAAAUGAACAAGAGAAAGUGGUCCUGUUCCUCUGCACAUUCAGUGACAUCACAGCCUUCAAACAGCCCAUUGAAGAUGACUCCUCCAAAGGUUGGGGAAAGUUUGCUCGACUGACUCGAGCUCUAACAAGCAGCAGAGGCGUCUUACAGCAGCUACAGCCCACAGUGCACAAAGGAGAGAACGUCCACAAGCACUCCCGCUUAGCUGAGGUUCUGCAGCUGGGCUCAGAUAUCCUACCUCAGUACAAGCAGGAGACCCCCAAAACCCCUCCUCACAUCAUCCUCCACUACUGCCUCUUCAAGACCACGUGGGACUGGGUCAUCCUCAUCCUCACCUUCUACACAGCCAUCAUGGUCCCCUACAACGUCUCCUUCAAGACCAAGCAGAACAACGUGACCUGGCUGGUGGUGGACAGCAUCGUGGAUGUCAUUUUCUUGGUGGAUAUUGUUUUAAACUUUCACACCACUUUUGUUGGACCCGCCGGUGAGGUCAUCUCAGAUCCCAAGCUGAUUCGGAUGAACUACCUUAAGACCUGGUUUGUUAUCGACCUGCUGUCCUGCCUGCCAUAUGAUGUCAUCAACGCCUUUGAGAAUGUGGAUGAGGGGAUCAGCAGUCUGUUCAGCUCACUGAAGGUGGUCCGCCUUCUCCGUUUGGGUCGGGUUGCUCGUAAACUGGAUCACUACAUCGAGUACGGGGCAGCUGUACUGGUCCUGCUGGUGUGCGUUUUUGGACUGGCUGCUCAUUGGCUGGCCUGCAUUUGGUACAGCAUUGGUGAUUACGAGGUAAUCGAUGAAGAAACCAACAUUGUUCGCAUGGACAGUUGGCUCUACAUCCUGGCUGAGACUGUUGGCACACCGUACCGCUUCAACGCCAGCGGCUCAGGGAAAUGGGAGGGUGGGCCAAACAAGCACUCUGUCUACAUCACUUCCUUGUACUUCACCAUGACCAGCCUGACGAGCAUAGGUUUUGGUAACAUCGCCCCAACAACAGACGGAGAGAAAAUCUUUGCUGUGGCCAUGAUGAUGAUUGGAUCCCUUCUUUAUGCCACCAUCUUUGGUAAUGUGACAACAAUCUUCCAGCAGAUGUAUGCCAACACAAAUCGCUAUCAUGAGAUGCUGAACAGUGUCCGGGACUUCCUUAAGCUCUACCAGGUGCCAAAGGGCUUGAGUGAAAGAGUUAUGGACUACAUUGCCUCCACCUGGUCCAUGUCACGGGGAAUAGACACUGAAAAGGUUUUGCAGAUUUGUCCAAAGGACAUGAGAGCAGAUAUCUGCGUCCACCUCAACCGAAAAGUUUUCAAAGAGCACCCAGCUUUUCGACUUGCCAGCGAUGGUUGUCUCAGAGCAUUGGCCAUGGAGUUUCAGACUAUCCACUGUGCUCCUGGAGACCUGAUCUACCAUGCUGGUGAAAGUGUGGACAGCCUCUGUUUUGUGGUGUCGGGGUCACUUGAGGUUAUCCAGGACGACGAAGUGGUGGCAAUUUUAGGUAAGGGGGAUGUAUUCGGGGAUGUUUUCUGGAAAGAGGUGACUCUGGCUCAAGCCUGCGCCAACGUCCGAGCUCUGACCUACUGUGACCUCCACAUCAUUAAACGUGAUGCUCUACAGAAGGUGCUGGAGUUCUACACUGCGUUUUCCAACCACUUCUCAAGAAAUCUGCUGCUCACCUACAACCUACGGAAAAGGAUCGUCUUCCGGAAGAUCAGCGAUGUGAAACGAGAGGAGGAGGAGCGACAGAGACGUAAAAAUGAAGCCCCUCUGAACUUACCACCAGAUCAUCCGGUACGGAAACUCUUCCAGCGCUUUCGACAGCAGAAGGAGGCUCGCCUUGGUAGUGACAAACCAGAACUAGAUGAACAUGACAUUGAGAAAGGCCCCAUUUACGUAGAUGUCCCAAUGGCUAACACAGCCAUUACAACCACCAGCAUCAUCACUGUAACAGAAAGCCCCGCAACACCUUCAUCUUCGACACCCUCAUCCUCUUCACCCCCCAGCUGCACUCCUUCAGAGAAGUCCAAGCUGCAGGUGCCAGCCCCCAUUUCUCUGGUUGGAGGCCGUGCUGCUGAACCACUUAAAGCUAAAGGCUGGGGGCGCUUCAAGGAGUCCAUGGCUAAAACUGACAACUGGAACAAAGUGUCCAAGGCUGAAUCCAUGGAAACUUUACCUGAACGGACCAAGGUGCUUGAAACACAGAUGUCUUUAAAAAAGACAGACUCGUGUGAUAGCGGGAUCACUAAAAGUGACCUGCGUUUGGACAAAGUGAGCGAUUGUCGUCUGACACCCCAGGACCGCAGUCCUGUCCAGCCUCCAGAGACCAGGCAUCCUUUCUACCCAAUCCCAGAGCAGACUCUCCAGGCGUCACUUCAGGAACUCAAACUGGAGCUGAAGGACGACCUCAAGAACUUGAACGUUCGAGUGUCUAGCCUGGAGGCGCAACUCACAGAAGCACUUAACCUCCUCAAAGAGAGGAAUUUAAGCUCUGGCUCUCCUCAGCCUCUUUUUGAUGUUUCUAGACCUGCUUCACCAGAACAGGAGAAAGAGGACAUUUUCUCUUGA